AUGCACCUCUUCUUCGCCGCUGGCCACGCCGCCAGCCACGCCGCCCCGCCCGGCGCCAGCCUCGAGCGCGUCCAAGACGACCCCGUGACGCUCAGCGUGUGCCUGGACGACGCACAGACGCACAGCGGAGAUGUGUUCAGAGCCUCCUUCGAAUUGGUGGGCCCGGAGAAGUACGCCGGGAAUGUGAGGCUAGACUACAUCGUGGUGUACCUCUACGGACUGUGCGUCCUCAACCAGGAGCUGCUAACCGCUUGCACCAGUGGCCCACUCGCACAGAAGCAGGAACAUCUGAACCUUCCUUUCUAUGGGGCCAGUCAAAAGGAGGAGCAAAAAUUUUUGCUCUUUUACACCAACCCGAUAGUCCUCUGCACCGACUUGAACUUUAGCUCCCCCAGAGAGAGGACUCACUACCAGUUGAGUUGCAUCCUUCCGCCAUUCCUUCCCCCCUCCUACAAUGGGAGAGCGCUAAAAUUUAAAUACUGCAUGUACGUGCAGGCGGUUAAGAGACUCUACAGAAACAGAACCCAGUUUGUGACGCAGCUGUAUGAGCGGCACCUUCCUUUGCAGCUACUCUGUUGUAGGUGCGUCUGCCCGCCCGUGCUGGACCUGGCGCUGCUCCCCAUCAAGCCGAGCAGCGGGGCAGACCCACCGGAGUGCCUCUGCCAUGACUUCCGGGUGGAGGUGCGCGACGGGGAGAAGAAGCACCAGGGGGAGGCCGCCCAAGGAGGGACUUCCCAUUGGGGUGCUUCCCACGGGGGGAUACUCCACAUGGUCCCAUCCAACUCCCCCCACUUUCCGCCGCACCUCUACAAGCGUGGGGGGAAGACCCCCCUUGAUGCUCUCCUCUGUUUAUACCUCAGCUCUUCGCUGAGGAAGGAGGACUCCUCUCUCUUCCUCCUCAACCACGUCCUGCCCAACUACAGCUACUUUCACCAUAUGCACCUCUUUAUGUAUGUAGCUCAUCAUUGGGGUUACUACACAGGGGAGCUUUCCCUCAGUGGGGACGCCCAUCGGAUUGGCAGCCUCGACGCCUUCUUCUCUUUGCUCCGCUCGACUGGCGGUACUCCCACAGAUGGCACUUCCAAAGGGAGGGGUGUCCUCACCGAAGGGGAGACCAACCCCAUGGAAAACCUCCCCCCCCAAAAGGACGAUGAGGUGCAUCACUCCUACCUCAGCAACUACCCCCACUUUUCAUUCAACCAGAUGACCUACAUCCCCAUACGGUGGUUCAAUAAUUUGGUCGUUUGCCACCCGUCCGAUUUGCCUAGCGAGGCAACUGAUGAGGAAGACCUCGCCAGUCUGCACAUGGGAGAGACAAGCUCCCAGUCGAGCAGCGAAUUGGAAGAAGCAACCCACAUCGGUGGGCAGUCGCGUCCAAACAGAGCCACCUCAUUUGAUGAAACCACUCAUCAGGGGGAGACAGCUAACGCCACGUUGCCUCCACACAGACAGGGGCUCCUCUUGGAUAGGGCCUACACCGCAGUGGACACCAUCAUCAAGUGCAUGCACGAGGGGGAUAUGUUUAAACAAAUUAACCUCCGGAAGGUAAAGCCACAGAGGAUGUCUCCCCACUUGGGAAGCAACCCAUCCGAUAGGGUGACUCUCCCCCAUGAGGAGGACAACCCAGAUGGAGAGGAACCCAGCAAAGAGGCGUCACAAAAAAUUUUUAGAAUCAACUCCGGUGGGAAGAACAUAUGUGUAAUCACCCUAAUGGAUGGGAUGAAUAACCAGGUGACUGCCACCUUCCCAUGUGAUGGCAUCAUCAACGUGAGGCUCUUCUUUGGAGACGCUACCAUCUGCACGGUCCACGUGGAUGUACGUUUGAAGAGAGUCGAACGGGUAAAAAUAAACCCGAGCCUUCUAACCAUGCAGAGGAGCAAGCUACAGGAUGAAAAUGAAUUCCUAGAGGGGGGGAACACCUCCGUAGACUCGGAGGGCACCUCUCAUCACUGCAUCUCCAGCUGCAAAAUGAUUAGCGAGAGGAAUGUCUCCACUCUUCACUGCUCUGUGAAGAACGUGAGCUUCGUUCUCGGCGAAGAGGUCGUUCCCGCGUUUGCCAAUGAUACGCUCCGGGUGGGGUACCUGCUCGACUUUGACUUCUUCUGCCGACGAGGGGAAGCAAAAGGAGGAGAAGGAGGAGAAGCAAAUGACGCAGACCAAACGAACGAAGCAGGCAAUGCUAAUCACGCCAGUGAAAAGAAGGAGUCGACCAACCAAGCGAACGCAGCCGAGGUGAGAGGCGGAACGCACCCCGGCUCCCUCUCCAUAAACGAAUCCCUCGACGAUGACCUUUACAGCCUCACCUUUCGCAUCCCCAUCCACAUCACCGGGCGAGCGCACGACGUCUGCCCGCACGACGCCAGCAGUAGUGCUAACCCCCCCUGGCACGCUAAAGCGAACACGAACGAGAGCAGAAUCACCAGCCAGCUUCUCCUCCAAAACAGCCACAAGUUCGUCUACGCUGAUAGGAGGCAUUUCCUGCGCACCUUGAAGAUGUGA